UUCUCCCCUGUCAGGCGCUUCAUACGAGCCGCCAGCAGGAAGAAAAGCUCGAUCUGGAAGUAGCGUCUCUACAGUGCGAAAAUAGAAACAAUUGUACUUGGAUAGCCAACAUUUUUUGACAACCCGCUUAUCCUUCGUGAUGUUGCAAACAAAUCCUACACGUUUAUGCGUUCUACGGGAUAGACCAGCAUAGCUUUAGGCCAGCGUACCAGUUUUGAAGGCUGUGGGCCGAAAAAUAAGUGGUAGCAUCGGAGAAGUCCUUUGGGACGAAGACAUGCUGAAUGUCUUCGUUUUCACAGCCUUCGGCUGCGUCUUUCAAAAGGUAAGAUGGUGCUUUCAGACGCAAUAAAUACACCAGGCUGCGGCAUCGGACAGCCAUUGAGCCGAAUCGUCAACGGGAGGGCAAUAUCCAAGUUUCAAUUACCAUGGAUCGUGUAUGUACAGAUUGUAAACAAGUGGUCGGCAAAGAACUUCACAGAAUCGAUGUGUGGUGGAAGCAUCAUCUCUCCAAGUUUCGUUCUCACGGCAGCCCACUGCAUGAACACGUACGGGAAACUGCCAUUCUGGACCAGAAUCUACUACAACACCACGGAGAUGUUGAAAGGCCCAAAUGUCAUUGUGGAUAAGGUAAUAAUCCACCCAGCAUUCACUUGGGAUACAUUGGCCAACGAUAUCGCCCUUCUUAAGCUUAGAUAUGCGCUCGAGUUCGACCAAUAUGUGGUGCCAGUAUGUCUUCCACGUAAAAAGCUGUCGCUAACCAAUAGAGAAGCAGUCGUUUCAGGCUGGGGAAGGGUGUCUGAACAGGGCGACCCAUCCGAACACCUCCUCUAUAUAAACAGAUUCAUCCUUCCUUAUGAUAUGUGCAAGUCGGGAUUCAUCACAGCAGAACAAGCUGAAGCAUUCAACGAUUCGAUGAUUCUUUGUACAUCCGCGAAAGGCAAAGACAGCUGUCAGGGUGAUUCAGGUGGUCCAUUGACCGUAUGGUCAAAGCUGGGCAAGACAGUUCAGGUUGGGCUGGUUUCUUUUGGCACCGGCUGUGCGCGUGGUGACAAGCCAAGCCUGUACACACGCGUUUCAACCUACGUACCUUGGAUCAAGGAGGAGCUUGCCCGGGAUGAAAAAGAGCACAGUGAAGGUGAACGUAUCGACUCGACACUGCAUCGGACGCUAUUUCCAUAAAUAAGCACGAAUACAUAGUUGAGCGUUCAGACACACGCUCCGCCAAUUACUGGGUGAAGGAAAACGUUAUUCGUCAUUUGCUACGUGGAAAAUGCAGCAUCGUGCAUGUAUUCCGUUCUCGCAAUUUCUGGCGUCAUAACCUUCAUAAUCAUAAUCAUAAGGAAUAUUACGCAACAAUUUUGUGCUAGGACGAGCAAUAACAAUAAUGAGGACGGAAUCGCAUCCGUCGUAAUUUAGAGGCCAUUUGAUGACGUGAUUGACAUGAAAAUUUAGGAGGUGUUGUGUUGAUUGUAGUUCUCUACAGCAACGGUUCAUGUUUGAGUCCAUCGAGUACAUCAAGUGAUAUUUCUCAAGCGAAGUCACCUAGUAGGCGUUAAGCUCAUCCGGCAGUGGUGGUCAGGGGGGGGGGGGGGGGGUGCACUUUGCUUGUGGUCAUUCAGGCAAUAUAGUUCACAUUACGCGGCGAAACCGUCACACGCUAAGAAUGCACGGAAACAAACACUCAUUUUCACCAUGCAGUAUAUUAUGGUACAAUAAAGCUAUUCACCAUGAAACUGAUUACAACGGAUGAGUCAGCCGAGAAGCCCGGAAGACAUUCUGUUUUGUUGCCGAGUGAUUUCCACCAGGUUCCUUUACAAAGCAGUAGUUUUAAUUAUUUAUUAAACAGAAUUGUUGCCAUACUCUACAUAGCGCGUACAGUUUGUAUGCCGUUGGGUUGUAACCAUCUCUUAAAGUUAGUUUAGCAUCAGUCCCAGACUGACCCCUCAGGACCUAAAUAUUGUUCUUCAUACCAUACUGCAGAAGUAGAGACUUCUGUACUGCGCAUACAUAGAAUGCCACUGACAGCAGAAGGCGGUUUCUCGUUCUGUGCUCAAUCACGUUAAAUGUAGCUUUGGACACUAAGGAAACACCUCGGAAACUUUAAAGGUACAUUAGGUGUUUUUUGGUAUUUCUUUACCCUCAUACCGAGAUUUCCAGCAUAAAAUUCCUACAACUUUUCUUUUACUCUAUUGCACUGCUUUGAUUAUAGAUGAACCCAAAUUAUUUCUUGAAAUAUGUGUACAUUGCUCGCCGCUUGAAACGUGACACUCGAAAAGCCUGGUUGUCUGCACUUUUCUUGCUCACUUGGGGGUUGGGUCGAGACGAAAUGCAAACACAAUGCGUAAAAAAAGCGCUCUCUAUUUCACUACUUACCACGGCGCAUCAGCUGGCGGUACCCAAUGCCCAUGGUGGGCCCAAAAAAAAAAGGCAGGCAGCCAUGCCCUCCAUGUCUCGCAGUUUCCAUCGGUGAUAAUUGUACAUGUAGAUAUUGCACAGCGUCUCUGCUUUGGCUCACAAAUGUACUGAUGGCGUUGACCUGCGCUAGAUUGUCUGGUCAUAUACUUGUCAACAAAAAAUUACAAUUUAACUUUAUGCACGCAAAGGCUCGGGAAUUCGGAAGAUUAAGAAAGACGAGCUCGGAAAUUACAAGCUGUUGCAAGCAUAUUUUCUACACAAUAGAUGCAACGAACACAAGCAACGAACAGGGCUUACUUCGGGACAAUACAAUGUCCACGGAAGGCUGUUCACAAAGUACGAGCUAUGUCGAAAUCGUCAGCUUAUAUUUUGUUGCCUACUGCAUCCGAGCGUUAAAGUGCCAGGGGGUUAUAAGUGCCGCAGAAAUUCCAUCGCGUUUUAUUUUAUUUUUUUGCGCAUACAGAACCAUUAAUGAACAACAUGCUCUAAAUUAAAUCAGUUAUAUUGAAGAUGAAAAUGUUUGUAAGAAUCUUCCAAGCUCUUGACAAAGUUUUAAGGAUUCAGCUUCAGAUAUUUGCUAAUACUAUCUUCACAUUAUGAAAACGUUGUUCCAAAACCAAUCUCUUUAUAGCAGCAAAAGCAGUAGCUGUAAAUAAUGAAGCUGGAAGAGUGCUCUUGAGCAGCCAUGUGCACUUAAGUAAAUUGCGCUCUCUUGGGUGUAUUGGAUAUAAAAACACCCUUUCUGCACCCUUACAUCGAGUGAAAACUUUGUAAACAGGCGUAAACGUUAGUGGAAGGGGUUUUGCUCAGCCUAUUAUUUAUUUCAGGCUGGUCAAAGGCUGUUUUCUGCACGACACACACCUCACGCAAUUUAGGAUGCUCGGGCACUUGAACUUUUCUAGAGUUUAUUUUCCAGCGCUUUGCGGCAGGUCAUUGUUCGAGCACCUCAUAAGGUCACAGUAUAGGCUAUGUAAUGUUAUCCCGCUGCUUCAUGUGCAUGGCGGCACCAGUUCUGAAGUGUAAAGGCAGAAGAUUUAGAGUCCUUUCCUAAGCUAAAUUUCAAUUUCAUACACUGGCUUCUUCUAACAUGAUAUCAUCUCGUCGUUGUUUCACAGGUCAGCCGCCCAUCGACCGCGAAGCAUAGUCACUCAGUAAAUUCUCGUUCGUUAGGCGCAUGUUCUUUGUGGUGUGUCGUUGGCUCCAGCUCAACAUUAUGCGCAGUAAUGUACUUUUUCAUGCAUUGUCGGUUGGAAUACAUUCGCCAGUGCACGCCCAACAAUCUACUACCGAUAAAUAACAGCAGUUGUUAAGAAGGUGGCCCACCCCGUUCGUAAAGCAGGGCGACACAACCAUCUUGUCCUCUUAUUUGCUUCCAGCUUUUUUAGAUAUUACUGCUAGCUCCGCUUAAGUUGCUUCAGCACGGUACCGCCUGAUAGAUGAAGAGGAUAGCAUGGCGUCAAUCUAGUACAGCUGCUAAACGCACUAACGCCCUCUUUAGAGGCUCUGUUGUUCUCUGUGAUAGCGUCGGUGAAUGCAGGAUUGCAACGCCGAUGAGAAUGUUAGACAAGAAAACUUCAUAAAGAGUGUUGCUCAAAUUAUAAAAGCGAUUAGGAUCCAAUCUGAGCCGCAAGUCUCGGUCACAUUCCCAGACGAGCUGAAAGAUGAAAAAAGCAUUCCAUAUAUAUUUGCAUCAAAAUGUGACUGCCUCACAGGCCUGUAUAUUUAAAUGCCUGUCUAGCAAUGAACAACGCAAUAAAGAAAAAGAAAAGUGGAGUGGCCGAGACGUAGUACCUCCAACUGCUAACAUGUAAGUUCGAACCGCUCCGUAGUGCUGCGCACCUUUUUAGGUUUCUUUUAAAAUCUAAAUGUGCUGGAACUAUUUUCAUUAGUACUUCAGCGGACAUCGUAAACAAGGGGGCAGUGACAUAAUAAAACAAUAUCGCUAUAAAAAAUUUCAGUGUACAUUUCGGCUGUAACACAUGCCGGGGAAAAUGCUGCAGUUGUGAAAAAAAUGACCCUUUCAUAUCAGUAAUUCAGGUGAAUUAGUUGGCUGGAACACCAUUUCCUGUGAAGGCAGGAGGGUAGUUAUCAAUACAAGCAAAUACCCUUAAGAGUGCAAUGUACCUUAAUGCGCCUGCCUUUUCAGGGUAUAGAUUAGCUGUAUUGUAAGGCAUGAAUCAAAAUAACUAAUAGUAUGAAAAUAACAUCACUCACUCGUUUCCGACAGAACGAUCUUGUUUUCUUUUCCGCCUUUACUUGCGUCUGCUUGCACAUUCUUUACACAGGUUGAUCAACGUCACAACCCGCUGUAUCGCAUAAACAAUACCGAUCACUGUGUGCCAGAGAACAGGAUGGAGGCGGAGAGUCUAACGUGCUCUCUGAGAGCCCUAAUUCCGAAGUAAAGUUUUGUUUAAAGCGGCAAACUUACACACGAUCAUAAGAGCCGCUAUCCUGAAUCCAUAAGCCAGAUUUUGGUGGUUUUGUUUUUAAACGCAGCAGAUAAUUUUCUAGACAAAGCGACCUAUAAAAAAGGAAUAAGAGCAAUCGAUUGCUUUUGUACUUGCAAUAAGGGGAAACGAUGAUGUGUAUCUUUUUAUUGCUCAUCUACUAUUAGUAUGUCACCAUUAAAAACACCGCCAUUCACAUCAGGCUUUUAGUGAUAUACAUGGCGUGCACAUGUAUUAAGGGUGUGUUACAUUUCUAUCGUAACAUGUCUACGAUUGUACACACUACCGCUGCUAUGUGGGAUCCGAACAAAUGAAGUAUUUUAUUCGAAUUCUUCUUGGCUAGUGACUCCCACUGCCUAUAUUCCAUGGAUGUUGUAAGAUGUUCGCAAUAAAAUUAUUAGAAGAAGGAAUAUCAA